GUUUCACAUGUGCGCUAAGAAUGUAAAUUAUGUACUGUAAAAAGAUAGACAUGUAUUAAAAAAACUAAUAAAACCAACAAAGAAAUUAGAAAAACAAAGAAAACCCAUAAAACCAAAUUACAAUGAAGAAAGAAAGAAAAACAAAACAAAAAAUGAAGAAAAUUGAAUCCGUACGAACCUACAGCCACACGAGCGGCAGCUAGCGAACUGCUAGCUGGUAAUCGGUACUGGCGAGACAUAGCUAACGUGGUUCAGGCGGGAAAAUUUAAGUUCUCUAAGCAGGCCGUGGGCUUUUAAGUAGGUGGGUCAGUCCAUACAGCGCCUAGUCAGUCGCUGGAGAGCACCGUAGACUGAGGGAGAAAGAAAAUGCAGCGCCGGUCGUCGGAUUGGGGCCUGGUCGGCGGCAUAGCGCCUGGCUGCCGGCGGCAGGCCAGCGCGGCGGGCGUUGCGGUUACGCACGCAUCCGGUGGCGCAGCAGCGCAUCGAUCCCUUUCGUGAGUCCAUUAGAGUUCAGGUGGAGGAUCUUGGCUGGGCAGGCGAGCUGUUUGAUGAAAUGCUCAAGUGAGCUCCGGUACUUCAGAGAGGAGUUCGAUUCGAGGGCGUCUAGGCGGGGGCUGAGCAGCAUUGAGGUAAUUUCCUUUUCUUGAGGUUUUCGAAUUGCCACUGCCUGGUUGCCUGGAGACCUGCGGCGAGCGUGGUCAACUGGGCAUCUCCUUGUUGCCCUGGAUGGCACGGUGCGAGAUGGCGACUAUGUGACCAGCUUAGUCCACCGAGAUCACUAUAGGCAUAGUGCAUAGGAUCAGCAUAGGACAUGGGGUAUCUAUCUCCAUGCCCUGGAUGGCACGGUGCGACGACCAAGUGACCAGCAUAGCGAUCGAUGCCCCCAUAGUCCAUGAGCAUCACUAUCGGCACAGACAAGUUGGACACGAGCUUCCAUGUAAACCCAAAAAUUGUCACAUCACUGAUUAUGCCACGGAGAGUUUUCUUUAUAGUACUAAAUAGACAUAUUUGAGAUGAAGUUGAAUAACGAAAUACUGUUUUUGGUGCCGGACCAAUAAAACCUAUCGGCACUGGAGACUUGAAGUCAACUUAGAAAGAUGAAAGGUUUUCUAGACAACUUAUAGAGGAGAUCGAUUACUAGUACGAGUAUCACCAUUGUCUAGCUAGUUCCCAAGCCAAGCUAACCAAACAGUAACAGCAUGUGUGCUCAUGCAACUUCCGGUAAGCCUGUAUCUCGCACGCCACAAGCAAAGCUCGUCGUGCCAGCGCUGAUGGCCCUUCAGCUCAUCGUGGCAACAGUCGCCGCUGUCCCACUAGCCUUGCCUGGCUGCCCGGAGGCCUGCGGCAGGGUCAUCGUCCCCUACCCUUUCGGCUUCCGGCAAGGCUGCUUCCACGCGGGCUUCAACCUCACCUGCGACGAGACACGCCACCCUCCGAAGCUGCUCCUGGGCAACGGCGUGGAGGUGGAUGCCAUCUCCCUGGUGGAUGGCACGGUUCAUGUGCAGAGCAAGACCGUGAUUGCCACGCGGUCCGGCCCUAUGAGAAACAGCACGCGGAUGCCAUCUUUCAUCAACUCCAACGGCUCGUGGGUCAGCGGCCUAACGGGUACCGGCGGGCAGCAGCUCGCUCUGUCGUCCGAGCACAACGUAUUCGUGGCCAUCGGAUGCAACUUCGUCGGCUACCUCGUUGCCCUGACCCUUGGCAGUGCUCCCAAUCACAUCAGCGCCUGCGCCGCGCUGUGCGAUGGUUAUCAGGGCCCCGAGGAGUUCACCUCAUGCUCGGGCGUUGGCUGCUGCCAGACGAUGUUCAAGGAUUUGGUCGAUAGAGAGGCCGUGUACCAGGUGACGUUCAAGGAUUUGGACUAUACGGAUGCCAGUUACCAACCGUCGGAGUCAGUAGCCACGCUCAUAGUCGAUCGCGAGUAGUUCAACGGGAAUGCGGGGGUGAUGCUUAAUAACACCUUCGGUUCUUAUGACCACCAUUGGGGAAGUUUAAGCCCCGGAGCCGUACCCACCGUAUUAAUUUGGUGGCUGGAACAAGAGCGUGACCGUGAUAUAGUGUUCUAUGAUCCUAAUAUCUCUCACUGGAGAUGCCUAAGUUUGAACAGCGUCGUUACCUAUGUUAAUGGAUUUGCAAUAAGGUGCAGUUGCUUGGACGGAUACGAAGGCAAUCCUUACAUGCGUCACGGAUGCCAAGAUAUCAACGAGUGCCUACAGCCAGGUGUUUAUCCCUGCCAUGGGACCUGCAUCAAUAUGCCAGGGACAUACCGAUGCUCAGCAAAGAAAAGAAUCAUCAACUUACCAAGUCUAAUUACCAUAAUAGCAAUUGCUGCUGGUUUUGGCCUACUUUCUUCAGUCCUAGGUGUUGCCCAAGUCACAAAAAAACUCAAGAAACGAAGAGCCAAGAAGUUCAGACAGAAGUUGUUCAAGAAAAACCAUGGAUUGCUUCUGCAACAGUUAAUCUCUUCGAACAAAGAUAUAGCUGAAAAGAUGAAAUUUUUCAGCUUACAAGAGCUAGAGCAAGCAACCAACAAGUUUGACCAUAACCGGAUCCUUGGCGGCGGUGGGCAUGGCACCGUGUAUAAGGGCAUCUUAUCUGAUCAACGUGUUGUGGCCAUCAAGAAGGCCAAAAUUGUAGUUCAAAGGGAAAUCGACCAGUCACUAUUCAUAAAUGACGUUGUCAUACUUUCGCAGACAAACCAUAGGAAUGUGGUCAAGCUCUUUGGCUGCUGCUGUCGCUGCCUCGAGACAGAAGUUCCUCUACUAGUCUAUAAUUUCACACCGAAUGGAACCCUAUCGUAUCAUCUCCAUGGCCAAAGUGAGAACCCUUUGUCAUGGAAAGAUAGAUUGAGAAUUGCAUUGGAAACUGCAAGGGCAAUUGCAUAUCUACACUCUGAUGCUUCCAUAUUUGUAUACCAUAGAGAUAUCAAGUGCGCAAAUAUACUGCUUACUGAUACCUUAACAUCAAAAGUAUCAGAUUUUGGAGCUUCAAGGUCAAUUGCAAUUGAUGAGACUGGAAUACUAACAGCUGUCCAAGGAACCUAUGGUUACCUUGAUCCUAAAUAUUACUACACUAGUCGGUUCACGGAGAAAAGCGAUGUUUACAGCUUCGGUGUCAUCCUAGCAGAGUUACUGACAAGGGUGACAUCAGUUUUUUCUUCUCAUUCCUCAGAAGUCACAUGCUUAGCAUCACAUUUUGUGUCACUUAUAAGAGAUAGUCGAUUCUUCGAUAUUGUCGAUACACAAAUUGUUGAGGAGGGAGGGGCUGAAGAUGCCGAGGUAGUUGCAAGACUCGCGGAAACAUGCUUAAAUUUAAGAGGCGAAGAAAGGCCUACAAUGAGGCAAGUGGAGACAACACUUGAAGAUGUGCAGAGCUCAAGGGUCCAUCUCAAUUCUCAGAUUACAAGAGUGGACCAGAAUGCUAUAAAUGAUCAGUCAUACAAAGGAAGCAAAUGUGGCGAAGGAACUAGAUUGUACAGCUUGGAAAAGGAAUUUAUCCAGUCAUCUAAAAUUCCAAGAUGA